UGCGUCGGAGGUUACAAUCCUGAGACGCCCGACAGCGUACGCAGUGAUCAAUGAUUGUAAACAAACUGAAGAAACCCGGUUGUUUGAUCAACUUUCCUGAUGGGGGACUGUUGCAGCAAAUUAAAUAAUUCAAGGUCUUCAUCGUGAGUUAGUCAUUAUGGAGUUUGUUACGGGUGUGGUACGUGAUUUAUGGGGUCGAUAUAAAGGUGACACUGCCCAGCUUGGACAGGGGAGAGGAAAAGAAUUUAGUGAAACCGCUGACCAAGCAUCAGAUAUGAUCAAAACCUAUGGUCCUAUACACACUGACGCAGUGGUCAGUUUGGCUGCUAUACAGUCUGGACUUUGUUUGUCUGGCAGUAAAGACAGGAGUGUAGCUUUAUAUGAUUAUCAUAAUCAUCGUCUGGAAGAGAAGUGGACAGGACAUGAAAGGGAGGUAACAAAGGUGCGUUAUGGACCAAAUUGUAAUAGCCUGUUCAGUGCAUCCAGGGACAAAUCAGUAAAGAUGUGGUGUCGCGGCAGGCCCUCGCCUAUCCAAACAUUCACAGGACAUGAACUUGUGGUCACAGCACUUGACCUCAACAAUGACAAUCGUCUGUUGUGUACUGGAUCUAGAGACAACAGUGUACGUCUAUGGGAUGUGGAAAAAGGAGAAUGUCUGCUGGAAAACAACAUCCACCGAAAUCUGGUAACAGAUUUAAAGUUUAUACCAGGCGACAAUGGUAUGGUACAGACAGGGGAAGACAAACAUGUCAGGAUCUAUGAAACAAAGAACCUGCUUGUGACUCACACCUUCCCCAAGAAACAGUACAUCCAGAUGUGUUGUGAUGUCAGUAAGGACGGUAACUACUGUCUAACAUGUAGCAAUGGGUUCGGUGGCAGUGGCUGUGAAGCUACACUUUAUGAUUUGAGAAUGAAGAGUAUAGUACAUGAGUUCAAAGGUCACAGAGAGGCCAUAGAGUCCUGUAUAUUCUUGCCAUUUAAUGGACGAAACCUUAUUGCCACUGCCUCAAGGGACUGCUCUGUGCGAAUAUGGGACAGGGAUACCAAAGAGUGUGUUGCUGACACCUGUCUCAGUGGAUCCGGUCCUCUUACAUCUUUAAUAUGUUACGAGGACAGUAGUUUAUGUGUUUCCAGUUUCCAUAUGGGUAUAUUCCAACUCCAGUUUUCAUUAGCUAACGGGACUCUUUGGCCUGUUGCUCGUUUCUGAGGAGGAUAUGUUUUACCUUAUGAAGUGUUGUAACACUGGACUUCCUCUAUGCCGUCCGAAUGCUUUGUAAUGCAUCCACAAUGCCGUCCAGACUCUGUAGUGGCCCAACCAGGCUAGGUCUAACGCCCUCUCCUCAUUUCAUGAGGAUGGAAUUAAAUCAUCUUUCUGUUUAAGAUAUGUAACUAAAGUACAGUUUUUGGUAUCAGAAAUGUAAUAUGUAAAAAGUUUUUAACAUCCAAUUCAAUAAUAUUGUUUUAAUUGAUGUUACAUCAAUUCAAUGUUGAAGAUAUAUUAAGUGGUAAAUUUAAUUGGUAACUAUCAAAUCAUAUGGUGUUCCUUGUUUUAUUUACCAAACUAAUGGUCAACAUUUUGAGGGGAGGUAACUCCCUAAUUCUUCUGUGAUAUAGAUGGUUAUAAAAACCCUACCUAUGUGAUAUACAUUCCAUGUUUUAUUUUUAUACAAUAUUUUGUCUUUCCAUCUAUUACUGUGGAAUACUUGGUGGUUAAGGAAUUUUGUCAAGCAUUUAGUCAACCUUUUUUUAUUUAGGUUAUCAAGGGAAUGUGAAAGAGGUCUUCAUUUGUGUGGUAUUCAAUGUGUGGUUUGUAAUUGUUGUGUGAGUAUUUAUUGGUAAGAUGUGUCUUUAUUUGUGUGUGGUUAAACUGUGACCAGUAUUAUUAUAUAUAUGUAAAUGGUUGACAUUAAAUGUGUUUGAUUAAGCUGUUAUCAGUAUAAAGGAUUUAUUUUAAACUUAUAUGGUUUAUUUAUAAGUAUUUAUUGUUAAGAUAUAUGUUGGAAAGCUUGUAAUGGGUUAACUUUAGAUGUGUGUAGUAAUUAUCAAAUCAUAUAUACUAAGCUGUGUACAUGUAAAGGUUGAUUUUGGUAAUUGUAUGGUGUUUAACUGUAAGUUGUAUGAAGGAUUUACUUUAAAUGUGUGGGGUUUAGCUGUUACGAGUAUUUGUUGGCUUUUAGGACAAUAGCCAUGGCAACAUGUCCAGUACAGUACAUGUGUGUGUUAAAAAGUUGUAUACCUCACUACCAAGUAGUCGCCUGUAUCGGAGUUAUCACUUAAUGAUUACCAAUACUUUAGAAAUCUCAUUUGUACAUGUUAUUUUCAAA